AUGUUUAAGUAUCGCAUCCGAAUGUUUUUCAGUGAACUCAAAGUGUUGCUACUGAUGCGCUCUGGAUCAAGCAGGAGGACUGAUACAGGCACAGACCCGGGCUCGCAGACCAGGAUGCGAGGGUUCGCUAUAGGGGGCUGUGGCUGGCCGCCGUUGAACUGCUCUCACCGGGACGAUGAGGAGGAAUAUUACGGCUCUGACCCACGGCCACGCAGCCUGGCAUUUGAGGAUGAUGAAGGAGCCAAACCCCAGGGAGGGAGCCUGGACGCCUCUUCCCUCCCGAGUCUCUCGGAAAGCGGGAUGCGAUCACCGCAGUGCCGGAUCUGCUUCCAGGGGCCGGAGAAGGGGGAGUUGUUGAGCCCGUGUCGCUGUGCUGGCUCUGUGCGCUGUACUCACCAGUCCUGCCUUAUCCGCUGGAUCAGUGAGAGAGGCUCCUGGAGCUGUGAGCUCUGUUACUUCAAGUACCAGGUCCUGGCCAUCAGCACCAAAAACCCACUGCAGUGGCAGGCCAUUUCCCUGACUGUGAUUGAGAAGGUGCAGAUUGCGGCCAUUAUCCUCGGCUCCUUGUUCCUCAUUGCCAGUAUCUCCUGGUUGGUGUGGUCCUCUCUCAGCCCCUCAGCCAAAUGGCAGCGGCAGGACCUUCUCUUUCAGAUAUGCUACGGCAUGUAUGGCUUCAUGGACGUAGUUUGUAUAGGCCUUAUAAUCCAUGAAGGGUCGUCUGUUUACCGGAUCUUUAAGCGCUGGCAGGCAGUGAACCAGCAGUGGAAAGUGCUGAAUUAUGAGAAAGCGAAGGACUUAGGUGACCCCAUCAGUUCCAGCAGUAAAGGCGCUGGUCGUGUUGAGAGGAACUCUUCUCACACUGUGACAGACAGCGGCCGGGGGGCGAGUCGACACGUCAGGACUAUUCUCAACCACCACUGUGGCUAUACAAUUUUGCACAUCCUCAGCCAGUUAAGACCCAACAACCUGCACCGUACCAACCAAGAGGUGGUCAUGAGGGUGACGACUGUAUGAGGCUGGGUUAUAAAAGUGCUCCGCUGUUUGAAGAGGAGAAGUGUUGAUUAGGAUUUAAUAAAAUAUUAAUACAUUUAAUAAAAAUCCUAACCUGCCACAUUAACACUGCUGUUAACUUCUAGUCUCAUAUUUUGCUUGCAGAUUCUCUUUCCACUGAGGUCAAAGUGGAAAACGAGAAAUAUUUCUCAGAUUUGCGCAAAGAGGGGACAUUGCAGUUUUAUCUAAGACACAGACUGUGAAAACUUGGCAAAUAAGGGGAAAAAAUACACAUUUUGAAAAGCAGAAAGCUUUGAUUCUUUAAGCUAUUAAACAUUUUUACCACCAUGUUACAAAAUGUCAUUCAACAACUGUUUGGUUGUUGUUUUUUUGCUGAGAAAAAUAAAACGACUGUUUUGGAUUUGACCCUAUCAUAGAGCGUUUGAUGGUGAAAAGGAUUGUGCUUCUACUCAUGUGACCGCCAUACCAACCCAAGCCCCCCUAAUUUAUUCAACAUAUUCCUGAGGGUCCGCCAUGAUCGGCUAGAUUUCCACUUGAAGCAGCAUUGUUGAAUCAGACAUUAAAAGGCCCGAUAAAACUUUGAGACAUGACACAAAUGCUUAAAAUACACAAGUUCAAUUCAUGUUUUGUAAUAAAGACUUCAAAAGAAAA